AAGAUUAAUAACACAAACUGUUUUUGAAGUGUAAGGCAUUCCCAGCAAUGUAUCUUUUUAAACAUACAAACCUGUAAGACAGUCACACAUUUCAUCUGAAUUUUUUGGAAGAAGCAUUUUGAAUGGAAAUGCAUUUAUUUUCUUCAUUUUUAAUCUUAUCUGGCCAGCCACCUUGACUUUGAGAGAGGGUAUUCUGCCAGUUUUUCUGAAACAUUUUUUGAAACCACAAGGUGCACUGUGAACAGACUUCUGCACUGAAAACCACAUAAUAAGAACAGGUGGUAACAUUUACAGGAACAGUGACCUUCACAGAAAUGGCAGGAAGGAAUUUGUGCGCUGCUGUCAACACAAGAAACUUUAAGUUGAUGGCCCGUACCCCACAGUGCACUAUUCUGCUCUUUCUGUCGGCACUGGCUGUGCCAUCACAGUGCUUCCACCUGCAGCCCUGUGUACUGGUCAAUGAGACUGUGUCCGUGGAGAAAGAGGGCUGCCCGAGGUGCCUGGUGUUCCAGACCACCAUCUGCAGUGGACACUGCCUGACCAAAGAGCCUGUGUACAAAAGCCCAUUCUCCAUGGUGUCCCAGCAUGUGUGCACAUAUGGCAACUUCCGUUAUGAGACGGUACGUCUGCCUGACUGUGCUGAUGGCGUGGACCCUUUCGUGAGCUACCCAGUGGCCCUGAGCUGUAAGUGUAGUUUGUGCUCCAUGGAUACAUCUGACUGCACCCUGGAGAGCCUGGGGCCUGAAUUUUGCAUGAGUGAGAGAAUGCAUGCCUAUGAGAGUCAGAGACUGCCUCACUAUGACUAUUAGCUGCCUGUGUAGACAGUUUGUGCUGAAUUCCAAUCUCAUGCAUUUUAUUGAUUAAUAAGCACCCCAGUAGAGUAGUGUUGUGCCAAUGGAUGUAAUGGUCUCUUCUCUCAAUAAAUGUCCCUCAAAUAAACUAA